AUGCGGCUGAGUACCAUCCUGCUGACUGUUACAGUCGCUGCCCUCGCUAGCGCGAGCGGUGCUGCCACGACCGAUCUCUCCAAGACCGCUUCCAUGAAGCUUCAACACUCAUCUGUUGCCGCUCAGGCCAAUAUCAAUGUCCACCGACGUUUGAGAAAGCAUGAUAGCCAACUCGAUCGACGUGCAGACAGCGAAGAGAGAGCAAACUUUGGGACCUGGCUGUCGGAGAAUAUGGCCAAACUUAAGGCCUUUGUAAGCAAGGUUGACGAGAUGGACGAGAAGGCGGCGCAGAUGAUCAAGGGCAAAACCGUAGAGGAAGCCGAGGAAGUCCUCAACAAACUCACGGACGAAUCACUACGUCUGUUUCAAGGGAUGGAGAAGCAGGGGAUUACCCCGCAAAACCUAGCAAAACACCCCACAUUCAAGAAGCUGGGGGAAAAGGAAGCUAACUACCUGACGGAGUAUUCGAUUUGUAUUCGAAGACUUUCAAGGGCAAAACUGCCUGAAAGGCUCGUCCAAGCUCCUGAAAGGAGGACGCGUGCGGCGAAGAAUUGA